AUGGACGACAGCGACGUUGAGAUAGUAAAUGCGAGUAUUCCCGUAAUUUGCGUGGACAAUGAUAUUUCUCUAUCGGCAAACCCACCAGACAAUCAGCAACCACUUGUUAAGGUACUCUUUAGAAGCUGCGAGUUCUAUCAUUUGCUGCAGAAAGCGAUUUCGGAUGCAUUAAAAGUAGUUUUAAAGGAUCACUUACCAUCGUACACGGUGAAUAUAAACGCCGGUAGCGAUGGCUGCUCGCUCGAGGUUAGCGAAACAAGCGAAACGGAAACGCUGUUUGUGGUCGAUUCCACGCCUAACAAGAGCAAAAACAAUAAAACGCCUAUUCCGAGCUACAAGAAAGCGAUGACCAAAGUGUUUGAUGGCCAGACGCCCCCAACUAACCCAGACUCGCUGGCCAAGCGGCCGAGAUCGAAGCAAACAUGCUGGAAUUGCGAGGGCGACCACGGGCUGAAGGAUUGCAAGGAGCCACGGAACUAUACCCGCAUUCGGCAGAAGAAAGAAGAAUUCCAAAAGAAAACCGACCGCUACCACGUGGAUCUGGAGCAGAAGUACGGCCAUCUUCUUCCGGGUAAAUUGAGCCGUGAGUUGCGCAGCGCACUAGGACUCGGUUCGCGGGAUCUGCCACAGCACAUCUACAGGAUGCGAAUCUUUGGCUAUCCUCCGGGGUGGCUUGAGGAAGCAAAGAUCACACAUUCUGGGUUGCACUUGUUCGGAUCGAAUGGCGAUGCCGUGCAGGAUUCGGGUGAAAGUGACGGCGAGGUGGACAGUGUGCGUUGUAAAUAUGACGUGCGAAAAAUAAUUGAGUAUCCUGGCUUCAACGAACCACCACCGCCGGAGAUGUUUGACGAUUCCAAAUUCUACAAUACGCCAGCGUACUCGGAAGAGAUGAGCCGGGAAAGUAUGAUUCAGCAGCUAGAAGGUACGCUGGUGGGCGGUUAUCGUCGCAAACGGUUGAAGCUUGCAGAUGAUUCUGGACAAUGCAUAGAUGGUUCCGCCAACACGGAAACGGUGGACAUGGAUCACUGCCCAGAGGAGCCGGAGACCGCGGAACAGCAGGAGCUAGAAGAUGGUGAACUAUCGUCUGAUAACGACGCGAAUCACGCAAAAGCACCAGCAAUCAUAGACAAUAGCGUCAUAUUAGUUGAAACACCUGUGGAGGUGAUUUCGCUAGAUGAUACACCGUUGGUCAUUCAGGAUACCAAUGUUCCUUCGCCGUCUUUAGCCGAUCUGCAGGAAAAACAGAAGCAAUUGAUGGAACAAUUGGACGAAGGUCCCACGGCCGCUGCAGAUUGUUCGUUUAUGAAGGACACAGCCGCUGCAGAUUGUUCGUUUAUGAAGGACAUACUGUUAGCGGAAAAGUUAAGCAAGGAAGCAGAGCUUUCCGAGUCGGUUUCUUCUCCAGCACCAGCAGGUCAUCCUUGCCCGCCCAUCUCUAUGGUGCCAGAUCGUUGGGAACCACUACCACCACCACCACCGCCGCCUGAAAUACCGCCGAUUCCACCAUAUUUACCAUGCGUCGGCGAAAAUACCACCCUGGAAAGGCCACCCGAGCCCGAGACUGCCGAUUUGAACGAAAUAGCGAUGCUUAAAGUGCCGUACAAUGACGAACCAACACUCACUGGCCUAAAGCGGACGUCCUUGGGAACACCAAUUUUGACUGCAUUCACACCGUACGGUGCACUGCCCAGCGGAGAAGCGUUUUCGAAGGGCGUAAGCGACGUGAUUCACUUUGAGAAUCUUCCAAACUCCACCGGGAAGUACAUCCAGAUGCGGUCGUUGCUGACGAAGGUUCGGAAGAAAAUGGACGCCCAUUUGUGCGAGAUGGAAGAUGGAAGCUAGAACACGGUGCUAUCAGAAGUGA